AUGGAGAAGUUAUGGCUUCAAGAAUGCAAAGUCGAAGAAGCGAAAUCCCACCAAAAAUGGGAAAGAAACCAAAGUUGGCUAGAAAGAUACGAAAAAGAAUUUGAUAACAAUACCUUGACCAAACCGAAAGAAAGAAAGAGAAACAACCAGCGACAGAAUAAGCCGAUCAGUCAACGCUUUCGCCAACCCGAAACAAACGUAAAAAAUGCGCCAACGCGGAAAAAUGGAACAAGCUUCCAACAGAUGAACACUGGGUUGCAAAGCAGAAAAACGCAGAAUAGAGAGGAAGUACAACAGAGAUACACCAGACCACAAAAUCAACAGCGAGGGCGCUCGGAUCAACAGGACAGGCCACGUAAAUUCUCGAGAAUCCGAGACGAACUCAACGCGAGAAAACCAACGUAUGCAGAAGCCGCCCGAAGUCCAAACAAUUGUCGAAGUGAACGCAAGCGACAAGCAACCACUACCAUCGAUUACAACCAGAGACAACCGAAACAUUUUUUGGGAUCAACCCACGGAGGCAAUUAUCCACCAACGAACAAUCGUCAGUUGGUGCGAAAUCACCAACAAAACCAAAGAAUAAAGUGA